AUGACUGUUCGUAUCGGUUGUUAUAGUGCAUUUUGGGGGGAUUCUGCUUCCGCAGCAUCACAAUUGGUAAAAAAAGAGAGAAAAAAUUUAGAUUACUUGAUUGCGGAUUAUUUGUCUGAGGUAACGAUGGGAAUUUUAGCACGUCGUAGAAAUCAUAAAUCAUCCACAGAAAAAUCUAAAUUAAGAGGGGCUGGAGAAGGAGGGUAUAUUGCGGAAUUUAUUACUCUUGUUCUUAAACAUCUUUUACCUGAUUUAGUUAAAAAUAACAUUAAAGUUAUUACAAACGCAGGAGGAUUAGAUCCUUUAGCAUGUAAACAAGCGAUAGAAAAUACCAUUAAAGAAAGUGGAAUAGAAGAUGGUAAAUUAAUUGUAGCUGCAAUAACUGGAGAUGAUAUAUUAAAUUAUAAUGAAGAAUUUAAACAAAAAGGAGAGGUAUAUGAAUUUACACAUAUAAUUGGGAAUGAUCAAGAUUCGGACGAUUUUCCAAGCGAAAAAAAAAAAGUUAUUUCAUUUAAUGCAUACCUUGGAGCUAUACCCAUAGCAAUGGCACUUGACUCCGGUGCGAAUAUUGUUAUUACGGGUAGAUGUGUGGAUAGUGCUUUAGUUCUUGGACCAUUAAUACAUGAAUUUAAGUGGGAUCCACAUAAAGAUUGGGAUAAACUUGCAUCAGGAUCAUUAGCUGGUCAUAUUAUUGAAUGUGGUUGUCAAGCUACGGGUGGUAACUUUACUGAUUGGGAGAAAAGCGCAUUUUCUGAACAUGGAGGGUGGACAAAUAUUGGUUAUCCUAUUGUUGAAUGUUUUGAGAAUGGGGAAUUUUAUGUUACAAAACCAAAAGAAACCGGGGGUUUGGUCACUACUGCUACCGUAGGAGAACAAAUGCUUUAUGAAAUUUUGGAUCCUGGAUCGUAUAUUUUGCCUGAUGUUGUACUAGAUAUAAGAAAUGUUAAAUUGAAACAAAUUGAGAAAAAUAAAGUUUUAGUCACGGGGGCUAAAGGGAGACCUCCUACUGAAUAUCUAAAAGUAUCGGGAAUUUAUUUGGAUGGUUAUAAAAUGACUGGUUCUCUGCUUAUCGGAGGAAUUGAUGCUUGGAAGAAAGCAUCAGUUGUUGGAGUUUCAAUUAUUACGAAAACUAACAUGAUGUUAAACCAACUUGGGUUGGGAACUUUUCGUAAUGUAAAUGUUGAACCGUUAGGAGCUGAGCAUACUUAUGGACCUCAUGCAAGAGCUCAUGAUACGAGAGAAGUUGUUUUAAAUCUUACAGUUCAUCAUGAUAAUCCACAAGCUUUAAGACUUUUUGGAAUGGAACUUGCUCCGGCUGCCACUUGUAUGGCUCCCGGUAUUACAGGAGGAGGAUCAGGAAGACCUCAUCCUUCACCAUGCCUAGUACACUUUUCUUGUCUUGUUUCAAAGGGUGUUGUUAUUGCUUAUUUAACAGCUGGCAAUGAUGCGGAGAUAAAAACCAUUAAAUUUGAAGGACCUACGGAUAAUGAUAGUAUUAUACCGCCUUCAUUAUUUAAAAAUUUUGAUAUUGAAAUGGAAAGCAUUGAAAGUAAUGUUAGUGCAAGUGGUGGUACCAUCAAAGUUCCAUUAAUCAGAUUAGCAUGGGGAAGAAGCGGUGAUAAAGGAGAUACCUGUAAUAUUGGUAUUAUAGCUAGGGAGCAAAAAUAUUAUCUAUUUCUUAAAAAGACAUUAACUGAAGAGGAGGUCAAGUAUUAUAUGGCACAUUUAUGUAAAGGCGUAGUUAAAAGGUAUGAAUUACCGGGUUGUAAUGGAUUAAAUUUCGUAUUAACUAAAAGUUUAGGAGGGGGAGGAUUGAGUACUUUAAAUACUGAUAGACAAGGGAAAACAUACGCUCAAAUGCUGCUUAGUUAUGAACUAGAUGUUCCUUCGAAUUGGUUUUCUAAACUUUAA